UUUUCUGAAUACUUUAAAGUCAACUUGUUUUAUUUAUUUUAUAUAUGCAUAUAUCAGCUUAACGGAAGAUGCACCACUGAUUUAAAUUUAACCGGACAGCAAAUCGACAAACGAACAAGUAUAGUGUAGAGAGUGUACAACAAAACUUACACAACGACGGCGACGGGCGGAGGCGAAAACCGAGCGGACAUUUUAUUUACAGAAUUUCCAUUAUCGAAGCGGAUAAAUAACCGCUUUCAUGUCAGAAGAUCCUCGAUGGGACCUCAGUUGUGCUGGAUUAAUAGCAGAAGUUAAGAAAAGGCCGGGAAUUUAUGAUAGAUUACAUCCAGAUUAUAAAAAAGAUGAAAAAGAACGAUUGUGGUUGGAAAUUUGCAAUGAAAUUGUUCCAAAUUGGAAUGAAAUAGCCUUAGCGGAAAGGAACUCUAGAGUUCUUCUUGUGCAAAGAAAGUGGAAAAACUUGAGGGAUAGUUUCAGAAAAGAAUUAAAUAUACAAAAUGAACUAAAACCACCAAAAUAUCCAAAGAAAAAACGUGAAUAUCUCUACUACAAAUCCAUGCAGUUUUUGGAACCAUUUUUAAUAAAAGAUGCAGAAGUAACUAGAAAAAAAUCUCAAUUACAUAAAAAUCAAUCUUGUGAUGAACAAAAAAAUGUAAAAUUUGAAAGUGAAAUAUCUCAAAUUAAGUCUAAGAGAUCAAUUAAAAGAUCUUCUAAUUACGAAUUUUGUGAUGAUACUCAAAAUGGUGAUAGUGACUCUUCAUCAAAUGUACAAAAAAGUAAACAAGUUAAAAAAUCAUCAACAGAAGCUCCAACUGUGGAACUUUGGGACGAGUCAUCAGAAACUGAGAAUUUAAAUGAUGUUGCUAAUUACACUUUUCAUGAAGAUAUAGAUGAAGAUAGAUAUUUUUUGUUGUCUUUAUUACCUUAUUUAAGAAACCUUACAGGUCUACAAAAUUUAUCAGUUAGGAUAGAAUUUUUGGAAAUACUGAAAAGAAUUAAUAUCUCUAAUAAUAAUUCUGAUCCUUUAAAAACAUCCUAGGUUUUACUUAAUAAUAUAACUGUAAAAUAAUAUGUAUAAUAAGUAUUUAAUAAACG